GAUGUCUUAGAAAAUCUUUGAAAAAAAAGACGUAAGAAAACUUUAUUUGGAUGAUCAAGGAAAUGUUGAUUAUACAAAAAUUCAAGCAAGAUGGGAGGAAUUUAAAAAAAACAAAGUCAGCUUAGCCAAUAAGCAUUUUACUUAAUAAGUAGUCGAGAAGGCUAAAACACUUUCUCAAGAAGAUUAAUAAAGACUCUUAGACAUCAUGAUUGAAGGAUUAACCUACAAUGAUAGCUCAGUUGGUAUAGCUGCUACCAGACCUGAAGAUUAUGAUUUAUUCCUUUUUUAUUUAGAACCUCUUAUUAGAGAAUAUCAUAAAAUUGAAGGAUAGACCAAAUAAGAACAUGACUGGAAUAUCCCUGUUGGUGAAUAUGUUCUAACAAAUAUUGAUCCUAAACUUGAAAAAGUUUCUAUGAGAGCAAGAGUAGCUAGAAAUGUAGUUGGAUAUAGCUUACCUUCAUCAAUGGAUAAAGAUGAAAGAAUCAAAUUUGAAAAUCAAAUGGUUGAAGUUUUUGAGAAAUUUGGUUUCCCUGGAAAAUAUCAUAGUUUAACACCAGGACAUAAGAAUUUUAUUUCAGAUUAAGAAGCUGAUGUUCUUAGAAAUAAACAUUUCUUGUUCAUAAAUAUGACACAUGAUAAUUGCUUAAUGUCUAAUGGUGUUGCCUCUGAUUGGCCAUAUGGAAGAGGAAUUUGGAUUAGUGAAGAUGAAACUAAAAUGGUUUGGGUUGGAGAAGAAGAUCAUUUGAGAAUCAUAUCAAUCGUCUAAGGAAAUGAUCUUGGUAAAGUAGAUUAAUCAUUAAAUGAAUUAUUAACAGGAAUAGAAAAGAGUGGAUUAAAGUUUGCUGAACAUCCUACUUAUGGUAUUAUCACCACAUGUCCAACCAAUAUGGGAACAGGAAAAAGAUAAUCUAUUUUAGGCAAAUUCCCAAAUAUCACAAAAGGUGGAAAGGAUGAAGCUAAUUUGAAAGAUAUCGCUAAAUCAUUAGGAUUAUAAGCUAGAGGUAUUGGAGGAGAACAUUCAAAUAUGGAUAGUGAAGGAACAGCUGAUAUUUCACCAUCUGCUAGAUUUGGUGUAACCGAGGCAAUUGUGACCAAAAGAUUGUAUGAAGGAUUGAUCAAACUAUAUGAAAUUGAAAGGAAUGAAACUAAUGAAAAAAAGAGAUAAAAUUGUUGCAAUACAUUUUGAA